CUGUGUGUAUUUUAUCAGUCCAUAAUCGCAACAAAGCAUUAUAAGUACAUAACCAUGUGGGAUUUAGCUAAAACAUUUGCUUACUUGUACUUUGAUUUUUUCCAUUUUAAGCUGUGGCAUACCAACUCUACUUUUUAAAGAAAUGUACUUUUUCUCCCCUCCAACAUUUACCAGACAGCUAUAGUUAAUUGUUACUGAGCAGAUUACAGUUUUAAAUACAAAACCUGUGAUGAUCUUAAAAAACAUGAUGCUUUGUUACUCAUGAAACUACCCCUUGACCAACCAUAACAUUAAAAUGCUGCUUAGAGGUGACUGCACUGUAGCAAACCAUUAAUGCAAUAUAUAAAGAUAAACCACAGAUUAUAAUUAAAUUAGGACUUCAGUUUGAUGCGUUUUGAGUGUGUAUUGCUAAUUGAUGCAGAUAAUUUAAUACUUAAACUAAAAAUUUGAAUGCAGAAAUUUUGCUUGCACUUCAGUUUCUUUUAAAUUGUAGCACUAAAGUAGGAGACCUGAAAACUUCUGUUUAACACAUUGGUGUAUUAUACUGUAUGACUGUGAUGGUGUUUUUGCAGCUCUGUUCUAUCUGGAGCUUUGGCAGAUAUUUUUUAGACGCCUGUCUUCAAUAAUAAUUAGAGUUAAAAAAGUAUUAUCAAUUAACUGUUCCAAAAAAUGUUGAAUAAUAAAAUGUCAUUGUUGCUCUAAAAUAUCACCCAUCUGGCAGGAAAUAUAGGUUACUUUUGUGACCUUGUGACUCAAAUGUAAUUCAAAAGUUUCACCACACUUGACACACAGAACACAUCUCUUCAUAUGGGAUUUUAGUGCUUUUUCUAUUUUACAUGAAUAUUUUUAUGAAAAAUUCAUGAUUUUCUUUAACCAUUUUAAUUUAAUAUGAACCAGUGACUCGAAUGUAAUACCAAAAUGUAUCACUGCACUGGACACAGUGUUCACCUCUUCAUGUGGGAUUUUAGUGCCUUUCCUAUUUCUUAUUUAUAUUUUUGUGGAAAAUUCCUGAUUUUUUUUUUUAACUUAUAUGAAUGUGACCUAAUGACUCACCUUUUCAUAUGGGAUUUUAGAGGAAGUUUUUUUCCUGUUUAUAUUAAUGUUGGGUCACAUUACAUACAAAGAGAUGAGAAAAAAGUCAUAAAUUUUAAUUGCAAAUCAAUAUGGCUUACAUUCUGGCGUGCUAGUCAGCAAAAUGCGUCUUUAUAAUCCGUAUUACAUAUUUGUGUUUUUAUCUUAUUCGGAACUUUUUCAGUGUCGGAGCUUUGGGUUGAGUAAUGUUCUGAGCAUGCGCAGUGUUGAAACGGAACUGCACUCUACGUUUCCCAGGGUUACCAUCAACAAUUCAGUUAGCCCACGUUAGCUUUGUCAGUUUGCCUUUAGAUUGUAUCAUUUAUGAAUAGCUGUAUGGUAUGUAUUGAAUCAGACAACAGUCAUGUGCCAGUCAAACUUAGCAUAAUGCUAAUGUAGCUAUAACGUCUGCAUAGGAAGCUUAGUAGCUUUUUACCACAGUGAACUAGUAACACCAGCUAGCAUGCUAAUCUCGGUGAACGCGGUCAGAGGAAAGUGUUGAUAGUUUUCAGAAUGACAAAUCAGCAGUUCCUGGCGUACACAAAAAGCCCCAAAACAUCGAGAAGAACAACAUUUCAGGAUGAACUUCAGGCUGCCGUCUCCGCCAGGGCGAGCAAAACAAAACCAGACCAGUACUCGUACUCUGAUGACUUCAAUGAAGAUGAAGAUGAUUUUUUGAAUGAACUCCUUAAAUCAAGAAAAAAGAAGGCCAGUGCACUGAAGUCUGGGAAGAGUAAAUCCAAAAUCAAUGAUUUUGAAAUUUCAGACGAUGAAGGCAAACAUGGAAGGACAAAGAGAGUUUCAUUUCUGAAAUCCCAAAGAAUCGGCUCUCCCUCAGAAGACACAACAGCAUCAGAGUCACGUGAAAACGAUCCACCCGACUCUUCCACCGGUCAACACAACAAUUAUAAUGACUCAUUUUCAUCACAACGCUCCACAAAUGCCAGCGAAGAUAUCAUACGAUCUAAAAGCAGUGAUGGGGAGUCCCACGAUCCUCAAAUCACAAGAGAGAGCUCAAGUAUAUCUCUGUCAUAUCAAACAUCAGGUGACACUCUAAUGGACAUGCCGUUACCCUUACCAUCUGACAACAGUGUGAUGGAGACUCCAGGUCCCGAGGAGAAGAGCAACUCUGUUCCUGGAGAAAGAUCCCAGACUCCACAGUUGUCAGCAACUGACCUCAAACACGUGUCCUCAGCAGAUACAGACAGGGAGCCACCCAGGCCUAAACCGAGGCAAAGGACUCUUGGAUUGAGCCUUCACGCUGCAGAGAAGAUAGCUGAAGAUGCUGAAUCUCAGGAUCUCAGCAGGCCCCAGACCUCCUCUAUGUCCAUUCCCCUUUCCUCUGACACGUCCAGCAACAUCGCUUGGACAGAAGGAGAUCACCCAGUUUCAUUCAGCCUCAGCAAAUCCUCUUCGAGUAAAAGUGACCAGUCACAGCUCUUCACCAAAUCCACCGUCGAUUCUGGAUCCAGAGAUGGCUUCAUUUCUGAUGACAGUAAAGAGCAGGAGAGAAAGUACUCCACAUCAUUUGAAGACUCUAAUGCAGACUCAGGAGAUCACUCACAUCAACUCUCUGAUGUCCAUGAAAAAUCAUUUGAUACCAGGACGUCAAGUUCCGUCUCUAAGACCACUCAGAGACCUCAGAGUGUGUGCUCCAGGAAAGUGGAAUCAAAGUAUUUGGGAACUCUCAAACUUCUGGAUCGUAAAGUCUCACUACAAGAGUCUCAGCCUCAAGCAGCAGAUUCACUCAGAGCUGCCGUUUACCAGGAAUGGCUUCAAAAGAAAAAGGAAAAGUCAAGAGAGAACAUGCAGCUAAAGAAGAAAGAGGAAAUGCUGAAAGAAAAAAAGAAAAAGCAAGAAGAGACCAAAAAGGAAGACGCUGUUGCAUCAUAUGAGGCUUGGAAAGAAAAGAAAGUAGAGAGUCUCAAAGCAAAAGCCAAAGAAAAACAAGAUGCAAUCAGAAAAGAGCAAAGAGCAGCUGAAGAGAAGGAAGAAAAAAGGCAAACCGCUAAACAGGUGUUUGAAAAAUGGAAAUGUGAACGUGAUGAUCUACUCAAAGAAAAGCAAAGAAAGCAAAGAGAAGCUGAACGUAAACUUCAGGUUAGAAAACAAGAAGAGGAGGAAGAAAGAAAGAGAGACAGCAAAUCUGCUACUUCUGACUGGAAUGAAAAGAAGAAAGAUGUCCUCCAUGAAAAAGCCACAAUGCAGCGCAAAGAAAUAAAAAAUAAAGCGGAGGAGGAACGUUACAUGAAAGAAGAGAGAGAUAAAAUGGCUUUAGAGAUGUAUGAACACUGGCUGGUACGAAAAGAUUUGGAACAGAAGAGACAAAGAGAUGAAAGACGAAUACAAGCGAUACUCCGAGACAGUCCACCUCCCCCGUGGAGCCCUCCGAAUAAAACAAUACCAUUUCGAAAAUAACGUUUGAAAUGUAACAAACCAGCCUUAUAACAUCGGUGGGUUCUACGUUACAUUUGAAGUCUUUAUUUUUUCUACCGUAUGUUGUGUUACAGACAUUGAUGGCAGCUGAUACAUUUUUAAUAUUUUUGUCAGGGUUUGUAUCAGCCAGCAGCUCGCAGGUUUAUAUGUUUAUAUGUUUUUGAUGAAAUGUUGCAGUAUGUUUAGAAAUUUGGAAAAAUGUGUUCCUGCGACAUGGUUAUCUGUCAAUGUCAACGGAAUCUUGCAAUAAGAAAACCCUUUUUAUAAAUGUGCUGGGCUGUUAUGACCAGGUUAUACUUCUGAAUGUAAAGCAGCAAUAAGAAAAAAUUUUAAUGUAAAUGGUUAAUAUAAUUGGUCUGCAGAUUCACUUUACUGUUAAUUGUUGAGCUGUUGUUGAUGUCCACGUAAAGUUUGUUUUUGUCUAUGAGAGUACAAGAGGCUCCAAAAUAUCACACAAUCUUAGAAACUGAUCUGUUUAACGCUCAGCACUUGUUUUAUGUUAAACAUGACUUAAUUUGUGAAUUUGUUUUUAUCUAAAAUGCUGGUCAUUUUUGCAUGUCACAGUUUUAUUCAUUAUAUUUGCAUUUUUUUUCCAUCUUCGAAACAUUUACU